AUGGAUGAUCGUGGAGAAGUUCACUUCUUAUUGGGAAUGCUGAUCAAUCGUGAUCACAAGGCGAAGACAAUAACAAUAAGUCAACGAAAUUAUAUGGAAAAGAUAUCGAAAAGAUUUGGUAUGAAAUCGUGCAAACUGAUGUCCACACCGAUGAAAAAUGGCAAGAAAUUUAAUGAAGUGCAAGAAAACAAGAAGGCAAAACCAAGCAAUGAUCAUUGGAUCGAGGUGAAGCGUGUUCUUUGUUAUCUAAAAGUAACGUUAAAUUAUGGACUGAAGGAUACCGCUGAAAUUAGUUGGUUUUUAGAUUCCGAUCGGGCGAGAGGUAUAGAUUUGAGAAGAUCUACAUCAGAUUACGUUUUUAAACUUGGAGGAAACACAGUGAGUUAA